AUGGCGUCGGCUCAGAAAGCGUCGGUGUCGCAAUGGACGGGCCUGCGCGCCUCGCCGCUUGUGCCAACGCCUCCUCGCAGCCUGAUUAAAGCCAAGCGCCCCAUCGCCACCAAGCUACGCCUUUUCGCGUCCUCCGAAGCGCCCAAGGACUCCAAAGACAUUGUUCCUAGCAAGACAGAGAGUAACUCAUUCCCAACGGUCCCAUCCGUCCCGUGGUUCAUCACGCGGCGCGCCCUGGUCACCGGCGCGUCCAUCUUCGUCGGCGCUACAUCCGGCCUCCUCGCGUCCGCGGCCGCGCUCGCCAGCGAUCGCCGCCUGCGCGGGCGCCAGGCCGUCCUGGAGAAAAUCCGCGCGCUGCGCGAGAAACAGCUUUCGGAGAAGUCGGAUGAGCUCGCGCAGGGACCAAGCGCGCCGUCUGUCGAAACAACGACCGAGGGAAACGAGGCGGGCGAGCAGGAUAGCCUUCCUGUGAGCGAGGCGGCUGCGGUCGCUGGAGCUGGUGUGGGCGCAUUGGUGGACGCGGUUUCUUCUGGAUCGGCUGCUGCUGGCGCUGACGCCGCUACUAUCGACGCCGUCUCCAGCGCCGCGGGAAGCGGAGCACAGGCCGCUGCUGAUGCGAGCGCGGCGUCGGCGAUCCAGUCAGCAUCGGGCUUGGAUCUCGGGGUCGAUGAUGCUGAUCUGGCCGCUGACGUGACGCCUUCGGGAGACGUUGACGGAGGCAUCGAGACACAGCCCGAGGCUGAAUAUGAGGCAGUACCUGAGCCUGAGCCUGAAGGAACGGCUGAGCCCGAGCCUGAUGCAGAAGCUGAUCUCGAACCUGAACCUGAGGCAGCAGCUGAACCCGAGCCUGAGCCUGCCGGUGAGUUCGAGCCUGAGCCAGCAGCUGACCCCGAGCCUGAGGCGGCGGCUGAGCCCGAACCUGCGGCAGCAGCAGAGCCCGAGCCUGAAGCAGCAGCAGCAGCCGAACCUGAGUCUGAAGCGGCUGCCGAGCCAGAGCUUGAAGCAGCAGCCGAGCCCGAGCCUGAAGCAGGUGGUGAGCCCGUCGAAGCUGAGGCAAUGGCUGAGCCCGAGCCUGAAGCAGGGGCCGAAGCUGAACCUGAAGCAGCAGCUGAGCCCGAGCCUGAAGCAGGGGCCGAAGCUGAACCUGAAGCAGCAGCUGAGCCCGAGCCUGAAGCAGCCGCUGAGCCCGCCGAACCUGAGGCGGUGGCUGAGCCCGAGCUUGAAGCAGAGGCCGAACCUGAAGCUGAAGCAGCAGUUGAACCCGCCGAGCCUGAGGCAAUGGCCGAGCCUGAGCCCGAAGCAGAGGCCGAACCUGAGCCUGAGUCAGCAGCUGAGUCCGGGCCUGAAGGAGCAGCUGACCCGGAGCUUGAGGAAGUGGCUGAGCUUGAGCCUGAGCCUGCAGCUGCAGUUGAGCCCGAGCCUGAAGCCGCUGAGCCCGAGGCUGAGGCAGCAGCCGAGCCCGAGGCUGAAGAAACAGCUGAGCCCGAACCUGCAGCUGCAGCCGAGUCCGAGCCUGAAGCAGCAGCCGAGCUGGAACUUGAGCCCGAAGAGGUGGUUGAGCCCGAGCCUGAAGCAGAGGCCAAGACCGAGCCUGAGGCAGCAGCUGAACCCGGGUCUGAAGAAGCAGCUGAGCUCGAGCCUGAGUCAGUGGUUGAACCCGACCCUGAGCCUGAAGCUGCAAUUGAGCCUGAACCCGAAGCUGCUGAGCUCCAGCCUGAAGCAGCUGAGCCUGAGCCCACAGCUGUUGAGCCCGAGCCUGAAGCUGCUGAACCCGAACCUGAAGCAGCUGAGCCCGAGCCUGAAGCAGCUGAGCCCGAGCCUGAAGGAGCUGAUCCCGAGGCUGAAGCAGCUGAUCCCGAGCCUGAAGCAGCCGGUCAGCCCGAGACUGAGGCAAUGGCUGAUGCCGAGCUUGAACCUGAAGCUGCAGUUGAGCCCGAGACGGAGGCCGAGCCUGAAGCAGCGGGAGAGGCCGAGCCUGAAGAAGCUCCUGGGUUCGAACCUGAGCCUGAAGCUGCAGCUGAGUUCGAACCUGACGCAGUGGCCGAGCCCGUACCUGAGGCAGUGGCUGAACCCGUACCUGAACCUGAAGUUGCAGUUGAGCCCGAACCUGAGGGAGUGGCUGGACCCGAACCUGAGUCUGGGGUUGCAGCAGCGCCCGAGCCUGAGGCAACAGCUGAGACAGGUCCUGAGGCAGCAGCGGAGACGGGACCUGAAGGAGCAGCAGAUAUCGAGCCUGAAGCGCCAGCAGACCCCGAGCCUAAAAAGACACCUGCGUCGGAGCCUGCUACUUUGGCUGAACCCGAACCUGAAGUAGUGGCUGAACCUGAGCCCGAGCCUGAGCCUGAAGCAGCGGCAAAGCCCGAGCCUGAGGUAGCCGCCGAGCCCGAGCCUGAGCCUGAGGUACCAGCAGAGCCCGAGCCUGAGCCUGAGCCUGAAGCAGCGGCAGAGCCCGAGCCUGAGCCUGAGGCGGCAGCAGUUCCUGAACCCGAGCCUGAGGCGGCAGCAGAACCCGAACCUGAGGCAGCCGCCGAGCCCGAGCCUGAGCCUGAGGUAGCCGCCGGGCCCGAGCCUGAGCCUGAGGUAGCCGCCGAGCCCGAGCCUGAGCCUGAGGUAGCAGCAGAGCCCGAGCCUGAGCCCGAAGCAGCGGCAGAGCCCGAGCCUGAGCCUGAAGCAGCGGCAGAGCCUGAACCCGAGCCUGAGGCGGCAGCAGAGUCCGAGCCUGAGGUAGCAGCAGAGCCCGAGCCUGAGCCUGAAGCAGCGGCAGAGCCCGAGCCUGAACCUGAAGCAGCGGCAGAGCCCGCGCCUGAGCCUGAGGCGUCAGCAGAGCCCGAGCCUGAGGUUGCCGCCGAGCCCGAGCCUGAGCCUGAGGCGGCAGCAGAGCCUGAACCCGCCGAGCCUGAGCCAGCAGUGGAGCCCGAACCUGAGGUAGCUGCCGAGUCUGAGCCCGAGCCUGAAGUAGCAGCAGAGCCCGAGCCUGAGCCUGAAGCAGCGGCAGAGCCCGAGCCUGAGCCUGAGGCGGUAGCAGAGCCCGAGCCUGAGCCUGAAGCAGCGGCAGAGCCCGAGCCUGAGCCUGAGGUGUCAGCAGAGCCCGAGCCUGCGGUUGCCGCCGAGCCCGAGCCUGAGCCUGAGGCGGCAGCAGAGCCUGAACCCGCCGAGCCUGAGGUAGCCGCUGAGCCCGAGCCUGAGCCUGAGGUAGCAGCAGUGCCCGAGCCUGAGCCUGAAGCAGCUCCAGAGCCCGAGCCUGAGCCUGAGGCGGCAGUAGAGCCUGAACCCGCCGAGCCAGAGCCGGCAGUGGAGCCCGAACCUGAGGUAGCUGCCGAGCCUGAGCCUGAGCCUGAGGUAGCAGCAGAACCCGAGCCUGAGCCUGAAGCAGCGGCAGAGCUCGAGCCUGAGCCUGAGGCGUCAGCAGGGCCCGAGCCUGAGGUUGCCGCCGAGCCCGAGCCUGAACCUGAGGCGGCAGCAGAGCCUGAACCCGCCGAGCCUGAGCCGGCAGUGGAGCCUGAACCUGAGGUAGCCGCUGAGCCCGAGCCUGAUCCUGAGGUAGCAGCAGUGCCCGAGCCUGAGCCUGAAGCAGCGGCAGAGCCCGAGCCUGAGCCUGAGGUAGCAGCAGUGCCCGAGCCUGAGCCUGAAGCAGCGGCAGAGCCCGAGCCUGAGCCUGAGGCGUCAGCAGAACCCGAGCCUGAGGUUGCCGUUGAGCCCGAGCCUGAGCCUGAGGCGGAAGUAGAGCCUGAACCCGCCGAGCCAGAGCCGGCAGUGGAGCCCGAACCUGAGGUAGCUGCCGAGCCUGAGCCUGAGCCUGAGGUAGCAGCAGAGCCCGAGCCUGAGCCUGAGGUAGCAGCAGAGCCCGAGCCUGAGCCUGAAGCAGCGGCAGAGCCCGAGCCUGAGCCUGAGGCGGUAGCAGAACCCGAGCCUGAGCCUGAGGCGGAAGUAGAGCCUGAACCCGCCGAGCAAGAGCCGGCAGUGGAGCCCGAACCUGAGGUAGCUGCCGAGCCUGAGCCUGAGCCUGAGGUAGCAGCAGAGCCCGAGCCUGAGCCUGAAGCAGCGGCAGAGCCCGAGCCUGAGCCUGAGGCGUCAGCAGAGCCCGAGCCUGAGCCUGAGGCGUCAGCAGAGCCCGAGCCUGAGGUUGCCGCCGAGCCCGAGCCUGAACCUGAGGCGGCAGCAGAGCCUGAACCCGCCGAGCCUGAGGUUGCCGCCGAGCCCGAGCCUGAACCUGAGGCGGCAGCAGAGCCUGAACCCGCCGAGCCUGAGCCGGCAGUGGAGCCCGAACCUGAGGUAGUCGCUGAGCCCGAGCCUGAGCCUGAGGUAGCAGCAUUGCCCGAGCCUGAGCCUGAAGCAGCGGCAGAGCCUGAGCUUGAGGUAGCGGCCGAGCCCGAGCUUGAGCCUGAGGUAGCAGCAGAGCCCGAGCCUGAGGCACCCGUGCCUGAGCGUGAGGCAGGAGCAGAGCCUGAGGCCAAGGCAAUGGGCACUGCUGGGUCAGCUGCUGUGUCUGCUGACAGUGCAGUGGACGAAGCCAUAGGGGAGAUUAUCCAGAUUAUCAAGGACUCACUCAAGGGGUAG